AUGGGUGGCGGACUGUUGGCCGAUGAGGGAACGCCAACAGGACCAGGACUCGGACUUGAGCCUGAACCUCCAGGAUCUGGCCCUCUUGACAAUUUGACAGGCUCCUAUGUGGCACCAGAGGGUCUCGCAGCUGUGGUCCUGGCAUUUUCGGUGUUCUUUGCCGUUACGUCAUUGCUAGUCGUCUCUCUUCGACUCUGGAUCCGUGGUCGUACGAAGAUUCUAGGACUGGAUGAUGGACUUAUGGCCAUUGGGUUACUUCUGUUCCUGGCAGAUGCUGGCCUUGCCUCCUACGCAACAUUCCAAGGACUUGGGAUGCCCUUUAGCAAGAUGAACAAGGGCUCGAUCACCGAGGGACUUAAGUAUGUGGUCAUCUGGCAGUUGUUCUACGUCACCUCACUGGUGUUCAUCAAAAACAGCAUCUGUAUCACCCUUCUGCGUAUAUCGGUCAAGGGAGCACAUCGAUGGGCGAUUUACGUGACAAUUGGGGUUUCUACUAUGGUGUUCCUCGUUGCCCUCAUUGGUCUCAUUACGGUUUGUCGACCGAUUCAAGCCCAGUGGGAGGCUGGCUCUGGUUUCUGCGGUCCCCGGUCGGUCACAAUGGCUCUCAAUUAUGUGAUUUCCGCAGGCGCCAUCGCGACAGAUUGGGCAUGUGCUGUCAUCCCAGUCUUGAUCUUGUGGAAAGCACAGAUGAAGAGCAAAUCCAAGGUAUCAAUAGGAAUUGUUCUAGGGCUGGGGUCACUGGCAUCUUUAUCUACAUUUGCUAGGCUUCCAUACCUACGAUACUAUGGGGAUGACGACGAUUACUUAGAGAAAGUUGGCAAUAUCGUUCUCUGGUCUGUUUUCGAAGGAGGAAUCGGUCUGAUUGCUGGAUCACUUCCCAUGCUACGGCAGUUGUUCAAGCACUGGUUAGGAAACACGACACGAGCCACACCAGCAGGCCCAUCCCACGUCAUCACUGUAGGGGGGACCAGCAGAAAGUUCAGUGUUUCAUCUAUUCAAAAGCCUCACACCCAAUUGCGCUCAAAGAUACAGGAUGAUCGAUACUGGGAUAGACUUGAUAACGCCAGUGUAGAUUCGCAUCAGCUCCAUGACGUCCACGAAGACUCAGAGUCUCAACACGAACUUCAAGAGCUUGGCAGACGCGAUGCAGCAGUCGCUAUUAGAGAUCUGGAGAAAAUUCUGGCAUAG